AUUGCAGGCUGAUUGGAUUCUAUCCACCUACUCAAACACACCCUUUUAUUUUUAUAAUAAUCACACACACACGGUCCCUUUGUUGCUGGUUGUUCAUCUGUAUUCAAGGUUGUAAAAGUUGUCUUUUUGGAGUCUUGCUGUUGCUGUAGAUCCAUACAAUACAACCAUCUUUCUCUUCUUUCAAACCGCCUUUUCUUGAUGUUACACACAACCCCUUUUGCCCAAACACUAUUUUCAACCGAAAAGUUUUGAUCUUUACACUCUUUUCACCAAAAAGAUUUGAUCUUUUCACUUUUUACCAAAUGGGUGCUUGUUAUUCCACCUCCAAGAGUGUUAAUCGGAAGUCCGGUGAUGCAAAGUUCAAGUUUGGUAAGGGUCCGACCCCGGAGGAACGGGCGCUCCAUCAGAUUCCGGGUCGGGUUUUUGGAAAUGGGUCAAGUAGUAUUGCUAGUUUGUAUACACAGCAGGGGAAGAAGGGGACUAAUCAAGAUGCCAUGAUUGUUUGGGAGAAAUUCAGUUCAACAAACGAAGCCGUAUUUUGCGGGGUAUUUGACGGGCACGGUCCGUACGGGCAUAUGGUUGCGAGAAAAGUUAGGGACUAUCUUCCAGUUCUAUUAUCUACUCAUUGGAAAACUGGUUCCGAUGUUGAAAACGGCAAUGUUAACGGAAACACACAUGAGGAAGAAGAUGAAGAUGACGAUUUGUGUGAAGAAUCCGAGAAACAACAAGUUCCCGAGAAAUAUAUUCCGCUUAAAAAGUCGAUAUUAAAAGCUUUCAGAUUAUUGGACAUGGAAUUGAAGACACAUCCAGCCAUUGACUGUUUCUGCAGCGGGUCAACUGCGGUUACCUUGGUCAAACAGUCUCAAGAUCUCAUACUUGGUAAUCUCGGAGACUCAAGAGCAGUACUGGCAACCAAAGACGAAAACAACGGUUUAACCGCGGUCCAAUUAACCGUUGAUUUAAAACCCAAUCUCCCAAGAGAAGCGGCUAGGAUUCAAAAGUUUAAAGGACGGGUUUUUGCGUUACAAGACGAGCCAGAGGUCGCGCGCGUGUGGUUACCCAAUAGUGAUUCUCCCGGUUUAGCAAUGGCUAGAGCUUUUGGUGACUUCUGUUUAAAGGAUUUUGGUUUAAUUUCCGUACCGGAUAUUUAUUACCACCGUAUCACCGAUAAAGACAAGUUUGUAGUUCUUGCAACUGACGGGGUAUGGGAUGUCCUUUCAAAUAAAGAAGCUGUCGACAUUGUGGCUGCAGCCCCUAGCCGGGCAACUGCAGCCCGAGCUCUUGUCGACUGCGCUACACGCGCCUGGCGGCUCAAAUACCCAACAUCAAAAAACGACGAUUGCGCCGCCGUUUGCUUAUUUCUUGACUCAAAACCCACACCCACUUCACCCAAAGAAGAAACAAAAGAACCCGAUACUAGUAUUGUUCCACCAGACGGAACAGAACCAGUACCUGUUCUUACGCAUUCAGGCACCGUUACGGAAUCGAGUGAGAUUGUGCCGUGUGUCGAGCCAGAAGACGGUAAGUUACCUGAAAAGGGUGUUGGGGCAUCUAAAAGGAGUUUAGCUGAGUGCAUAUCGAACCCUGAAGAUGAAGAAUGGUCAGCGCUUGAAGGGGUGACUCGGGUCAAUAGUUUGCUAAGCAUUCCAAGGUUCUUGACUGGUGAUAAAAAGUCAACGAGUUCAAGAAAAUCUGUUGUCAAGAUAUGAUUGAGGUUAAGUUGUCAAGAACGGUAGGGACAGCUCACAUUCUUCUUGAUUAUACGAACCGUCGUUUGAACUGCUUUUCUUGUUUUUUUUUUUUCUAAUUUUUUUUAUUUUCAUUCGCGUUUUUUUUUUUUUUUUUUUUUUUUUUUUUUUUUUUUGAUAAUGUGUAUACGUGGAAAGAUUUAGCUGUUGAAUGAACAAAUUUUGGGAAGUUUUGGUGUUGUUUAAGAUACAGUUUUUA